GUUGAGAGGAGUCUACAGAAGUGUGAAGACCCUUCUAGACCCACCAUGGCCUGUGGGUGUGCCUAAGUGGUGUUCUAAAGGUUGGAUGUGUCUUCCGCUAAGGGGAAACUCUGCCGAAAUUUCGUGGACGCCGACACUUGUGAAAAUAUCGAGGGAGCUGAGUGUGGACAGCAAAGGGGGGCUGAAAUUCGUCAUUUCUCAAGGAGAAGAUGAAUGAGAGAGGAGGAGAUGCUAAUGGAAGAGGAGCUGUAGCUGAGAAGACAACCCAACACUCUCCUGAUGGUGAUCGUGCUCGAGAAGGAACUUGCUGCCAUCUCCAUGCGACCAGGGGACGAUGUGAAGCCGGUCCUUGACAAGAUCAAGGACACCUAUGCAAGGAUGGCAGCAGCGGGCAGCAGUGUAUCUCAGCUGCAGCAGUGCACCAAGAUCAUCUCGGUGUUGGACAACUCUUGGGACAACCUCAUCCCCACCCUCAACUCUCAGCAAGAUCAAUGGACACCUGAGUGGCUAAGGCAGCAGAUUCUGCAGGAGGACUUCCGCAGACGCCAUGUGGGAGGCGGUGCUGCCACUAAGACUGCUGAGGGGUAUGGAGCUGCAGGGCGCGGCAGAGGAAGAGGGGGUUGGAGAGGCCGAGGCCGUGGGAGAAGCUUUGGCAGAGGUAGAGGCCGAGGUGACUAUAAUGAGGGGCAUGGGAGCUCCAGUGGCAGGGGGAGUACCAGAAUGGAGGGCACCUGCUGGUACUGCAAGAAGGUCGGGCAUCCUUGGUUCAAGUGCUUCAGCAGGCCGGAGGGAUGGUCACCUCCAGGCAUGAAGCCGCCAAGUGGUGAACGCGCACAAGGUGGCGCUGUGCAAGGCUCAGGUGCACAAGGUGAAGGUGCACAAGGUAACGCCUAUCCUGGGAUGUAUCUCAUGGUUGAGGAUGUGCAUGGGCAUGAGGGUGAUGUGGGAUCUGUGGGAAAGGUUGUGAUGCACCCUCUCACGCACUGGGUGAUUGAUUCGGGUUGCACCAGUCACAUGACUCCACGGGCAGAUUUGCUUGAUGAGGUAAAACCCCCUGGGAAGAUCAAGUAUGUGGCAGCAGCGUCAGGUGCUUUGCUCCCUGUCAUUGGUGUUGGGAAUGCCAAGGUUAAGGGAGCUAAUGGGGAGCUUGUGGGGCUUGGGAAUGUUCUGCUGGUUAAAGGCUUCACUACAGGACCAGCCAAGACCCCACUUGCACUUGUGCACAUGGAUGUGGUGGGGCCCACAAGAGCCCCUUCCCUCUCAGGCAGCCGCUAUUUCUUGACAAUUGUGGAUGACCACACUCGGGCAGUGUGGGUUUACCCUUUGAAGAGCAAGGGGGAGGUGGCAGCGGCUGUCCUUAAGGAGUGGAUGCCGAGAGCUCAGAGGGAAUGCGGACACAAGGUGAAGGUGAUCCGCAGUGACAAUGGUGGGGAGUUCAUUGGAGCUGAUUUUGAGGGGGAGUUGAAGAGGAAGGGGAUCCAGCAUCAACUGACAGUGCCCUACAACCCGCAGCAGAAUGGCGUGGCUGAGAGGUUCAACAGGACCCUGCAGGAGGGGGCACGCACUCUCCUUGGGCGUGCAGGGCUGCCUGAUCCGUUUUGGGUGUCUGCACUGAGGCAGGUCGCCCUUGUGAAGAAUAGGGUGCUGGCUACAGUUGGAGAUAAGGAGUGGAUCCCAUAUACCAAGUGGUAUGGGAGUGCUCCAGCUGUGAAUAUGCUGAGGGCAUUUGGGUGCAUGGUAGUGUUUCAUGUGCCUAAGGAGAAAAGAGGGAAGUUGGAGGCUUCUGGAAGAUGGGGUGUGCACUUGGGGAUUGCAAAGGAUCACAAGGGGUGGCUGCUAUGGGACUUGACCACCCAGAAGUUGACAGUGUCAAGGGAUGUGAAGUUUCUUGAGUCCCUGUACUACAAGGAAUGGAAGCAGCAGCAACAGAAGCUUCCAUCUACACCGCUCAUUGUGGAGGCAGAUGAGGUGCAGCAGCCUUCAAGACAGGUGGAGGUUGCAGUGUCAGAGGAGGAGAUGUCUGGGGUGACUGAGGAAGGGGGAGCAGCUGAAGUAGAGCAGCAGCAGCAGCAGCAGCAUGAGUCUCCACCUCGAGUUCCACACCCGCCUGAGCGACCUAGGAGGGAUGCAAUCACUUCCAAGAUGAUCUACAGGCACAAGUAUGGACCUGAAGGGGAGCUGACCCGCUACAAGUCUAGGCUUGUGGCACGGGGGUUUCAGCAGACAAAGGGGAAGGACUAUGAUGAGGUGUUUGCUCCUGUGGGGAAAGGAACAACACUGAGGGUGCUGUUGGCGAUAGCUGCACUCCUGGGAUGGAAGAUUCGGCAGAUGGAUAUUGUGACUGCCUUUCUGAAUGGGAUCAUUAUGGAGGAGGUGUACAUGAAGCAGCCAGAGGGGCUGGAUGAUGGGAGCGGCAGGGUCUGCAGGCUGAAGAAGGCAAUCUAUGGCCUUAAGCAGGCGCCUCGUGCAUGGUAUCACAAGUUGGAGGAGGCGCUGGUGGCUGGGGGUUUCAAGAAGAGUGAGUGUGACCCCAGCCUGUUCCUGCUGCAGGAGAAGGAUGAAAUCCUCAUGCUCUUGGUGUAUGUGGAUGAUAUCCUUCUCUUUUCUGCAUCAACUGCUUUGCUGGACAGCGCAGAGCAGAUGCUGGAGAUGCAGUUCAAGUGCUCCAAGAUGGGUGAGAGCGAUAUUAAGGACAUUGAGAGGAGUCUACAGAAGUGUGAAGACCCUUCUAGACCCACCAUGGCCUGUGGGUGUGCCUAAGUGGUGUUCUAAAGGUUGGAUGUGUCUUCCGCUAAGGGGAAACUCUGCCGAAAUUUCGUGGACGCCGACACUUGUGAAAAUAUCGAGGGAGCUGAGUGUGGACAGCAAAGGGGAGCUGAAAUUCGUCAUUUCUCAAGGAGAAGAUGAAUGAGAGAGGAGGAGAUGCUAAUGGAAGAGGAGCUGUAGCUGAGAAGACAAGAACUUGCUGCCAUCUCCAUGCGACCAGGGGACGAUGUGAAGCCGGUCCUUGACAAGAUCAAGGACACCUAUGCAAGGAUGGCAGCAGCGGGCAGCAGUGUAUCUCAGCUGCAGCAGUGCACCAAGAUCAUCUCGGUGUUGGACAACUCUUGGGACAACCUCAUCCCCACCCUCAACUCUCAGCAAGAUCAAUGGACACCUGAGUG